AUGUGGUUAAGUUUAAGUUCCUGUUUAGCGCUAUGGAUGAUACAGUGUGUGGGAUCCAAUUCACGCUACAACAACAUAUCCGCACACGAGUUCACAACACCGCCGGACGAAGUGGGACCGAUGCUACCCGACGAGGGAUUCCAGACCUCUACCGUUAUCGCCGGUCUCAUGCCGGACUCCUUCGGUGAAAUGUUCAAUUUCCUCGAUGGUGACAGCUUCGGCAUAGGUCCGAUGCACGAGUUUGUGUACGGGUGGCAGGCAAUUGUGAACACUAUGAGCAUGAAGAACAACGUGGAGGUGCGGAAACGCGCUGGGUUGCAGAGGUUCGCGCUGGCCGGCAUCAACGGGAUCACUCUGGUGUCGCACAUCGGUGUCACCGAGAUCAUGAUCAAUGGCACACGCUCCUACUGCUUUGGUGGCGUCUCGCGUCCACCGGGCCGACGCAGCGUCAUCUGCAAGGGCGCAAUGUACCAAGAGGGCCGGUUUUCCUGCAGAGUGCCUCUACUGCGCUACCCGACCUCGCUGGGCUACCGGUACUGCAUCGAUCAGUACGCCGCAGUGAACACGCUCGACGGCACCCACAAGACGACGUACUGCGCCCGCGGCGAUUCAGUACCCAAGUUCCACUACGACUACAUCUGCGAGCGGCGCGACGUCAAGAUCAAGCGGAUCAACCUUACCGACCCCAACGAGAGGUUCAACGUUCGCAACCCGGUCGUGCGCCGCGCCGAGUACUACAGGGCACCCUACGACAUCCUCAAGGCCUGUCCCGACUGGUACGGCUGUAACCUGCGCAUAUCGACUGAGACGUUGCACCAGAAUAUCCCCAGCCCCCUGCUCGAUGCCAACGAGACAGCAUUUGUGGGACAUGGCGGGAAGUACUGGCUCGCCCUUUACUACACACAGCUAUCAACCUACGCAAUAUACUUCCAAGCCCACGGCGAGUACCCGUGGCAGUCCAACCGGCCUAUCGUGUCAAUCGACAAAGGCGGCAUCUGGGAGCAACUGUUGAAAGCCAACAUCGGCCCGGACAUGAACCUGCACUACAACUUGAACGGCAUCUACAACCGCUACCCCGGCGGCAAUGUGGCGCCCGAUAUCAUGAGGAACGAUGGCCAGGUGCAGCCGGCCAACUUCCGCACGGAAAACCGCGACGCAGCACAAGAGGACCUGAUCGUCGGCAACGCCCAUCUAAUCAACGGACCUGGAGUUGGUCCCGAGGCAGGCGGUAUGGGGUACAAUAAGUUCAUACACGACAGCCAAUUGCAAGCCAGCUUCGACCACGGGAAGAAUGUCUAG